GUCCCUUUGUGUAUUAGCAUCUGCAAUUCCUCAUUUCUAAACGUAUAGAAUUAUUCUAGAUGUGAUUGGAAUUGUGUUGGAUCUCUACACUGCUUGUUCCUCCAAUUAAAGCUUUUCUAAUAGUCCACUAACAAGUGUUAAAAGCUCUUCACCACUGUAAAUCGCUUGUUUGUAUAAUGCUUAGCACCAUUCUCUGCUCUCGACAUGUGAAGAUGACUCAGUCCAUUCUUGAUUUUACAACUGUGAAUAUCAUGUGGGGAGUGGUAAAAAUAGUCACUUGUGUUGUACAAAUUGUUUGAUCAGAUGAGCAGCCCAGUGCCAGCGAGCAUUAUUAGUACAGUGUAUCCACCAAAUCAUAAACUCCAUGACCAGUCUGCCUCAAAUAGACUGAAGCUGGCACCAUCACAAGCAACUGAUGCUUAUUUUGUCAGGAGCCACCCGCCUGUUUAAAGCAGCUUCAAGACACAGUCGGUGUGUUCACAUCAAAAGAGUUACAUUAGCUGAGUGGAAGCAAUGACGGCGGUGGAAAACUACCGUUUCUCCCAGCACUUGGCCAAUGUCUACUUCACCAUAUUCGCCCUCUUCUGCUUCAAACUGUUUGUGAAGAUCAGCCUUGGCAUCCUGAGCCACUUCUACAUAGUGAAGGGGAACCGUGCGGAGGCAGCCCGGAUAGCUGCAGAGUUUUACGGUGCCACUCCAGCUCAAGGUUCCUGGGCAGACCGGUCACCCCUGCAUGAAGCAGCCAGUCAAGGUCGCCUUCUGUCCCUCAAAACCUUGCUCGCACAGGGUCACAGUGCGAACACGCUGACAAUAGAUCACGUUUCUCCUCUCCAUGAAGCAUGUCUAGGGCACCAUGUCGCAUGUGCCAAAGCCUUAAUAGAAGCCGGUGCUGAUGUCAAUGCCAUCACCAUUGACGGGGUGACGCCGCUGUUCAAUGCGUGUUCCAGCGGCAGUGCCAACUGUGCUGAGCUGGUGCUACAGAACGGAGCCAGCCUGCAAGGCCAGGACUGCCUGGCCUCAGCUAUCCAUGAGGCGUCCAGUAAAGGUCACAGUGAAUGCAUACAAGUCCUGAUCUCCUGGGGAGUGGACAUAGACCUGGACAUCCCACACCAGGGAACGCCACUGUACGUUGCCUGUGUCCAUCAGCAGUACUUCUGCAUUAAGAAACUGCUCCAUGCAGGAGCCAAUGUGCAGAAAGGCAAACAUCAGGACACCCCCCUACACACAGCGGCGCGGCAGACCAACCCGGAGAUCGUCACGUUGCUGCUCGACUUUGGAGCGGAGGUACGAGCCAGGAAUGCGGAGGGAGAGCGGCCCAUUGAUGUGGCCGUCACCAGUAGUUCCGUCGACAGGCUGCUGCUACAUUACGAAGCCACUCCCAGCUCGUUGUGCCAGCUUUGCCGCCUGUGUGUGAGAAACUGCAUCGGCAGGCCCCGUCUACAGUACAUUCCACAGCUGCAGCUGCCCAGGCUGCUGAAGGACUUCCUGCAGCAUCAGUAACCUGCUUCCCUUCUCACCGCAGCCACCGUGCAGAGCUGUGUUAACUCCUCGCUGUACAUAGACUUAUUGACAAACCUGUUGUUGCAAAUCACUCUCACCCUCUUUCAUCUGUUUUUCUCCCAAUCCGUGCAAAAGAACAAAUUUCAGGAGUGGGAAUCGGCCGGGAGCAGGUGAGAUGGAAGUAAACUUACACACACCCGACACAAUUAAUUCUGAUGCAAUCUUAGUACUUACUUACUUAGAGAUACAGCACGGAAAC